AUGACUGACUUUCUAGCUAUAAACCCACUCUCCAUUUCAGCUACAGACUCUCCACGCUUCCCCUUUCUCAAUUCACACCCAACUCCUUCAACCAGAACCCAACUCAAGCCAAUUUUCCUUUCCCCCUUUUCUCCCAAACCAUCCAAAACCACCUAUGCCAACAACAUCGUUUCCGCAACCUUGAGCUCCAGCUUCAACGGAAGGCCAGGUCCACCAUCAAAGGGCCAUAGCUUUUACAAAGAACUUCAAUUUGACAACACAACGGAGAACGAUUUUGAGUUGGAGUUGGAGUUGGAAAAAAACCCACUUGACGAGGGUUCGUCCAAAGAAACUGACGGGUCUAUUCCAUUAGAUGAGAAUGAUGAUAAGGGAAGUGGAAAGAGUGAGAACGAGAUGCGGGAAGACGAUUUGCGGGAAGACGAUUUGAUUCGGGUUCGCGACGACGGAGAAGGAGAUGAAGGGGUUGAUUUGAGAAAAGAUGAUAAAGUUGAGAAAUUUGGUGGUAAUUUUAGAUUAAGGAAAGGUAAACAAGUUAUUAGACAAUCAAAUUUGUUGGCGAAGCAGGUGAUCAGCAUUCAAUCUGCUCUUAGUUUAGGAUUUGUCUCCCAGUUUUGGGUGGACACCACCUUUGUAAGCAAAUAG